AUACAGAUGUAUAUUAAAAUCUCAGAGUCAGAAUGACUUUGCUCAAAGACUUAAGUGCAAAGGUUAAGUUCAGUUUAAAAUAUGUUGUCAAGCCUGCGAGUGAGAACAUCUGCCAUCUGUUUCCUUUCAUUCGCUUGCUCAAUGGUCCAUGCAUGUUCUGGACAGUUUCAUAACUGUAGUAUUUGUCACUAAGUAUAUAGCCUCACCCAACAGCAUUCUAUGUUUUUUCGUCUUAUGCUUGGCUUGAGGCAACUAAUGUGGUCUUUUCUAAAUUAUUCUUUAGUGUAGUUAUGAAUAAUUUACUUAAAAGUGGAAUUGCUGGUCAUUGUCAGUUAUGUAGAGAGAAUCUAGUCUUGCAGAGAUCUCGCCUUCUAAGAGUUUGGCAGGAAAACAAACCUGUAUGCAAAAAUGGCAACCGUGCAUCCGGUGUACUUUUUUUUAAAACUAUGACAUUGUCAUGCUAGAUGUUGCAUAAAGACUUGAUCAUUCUAACCAGUGUUACUGUUUCAACUUGAGCACCUGAAAAUAUGAUCCAGCUGGGUAUAUUCUGUAAGUGCUUCAUUUUAAUCGUCUGUGUACAGAGUGUUUGUUUGACUGAUAUGUGUUGGCUCACUCUUUACAUUGUUUAUUUUACAGUGAUUCUUUUUACCAAAUUGGCAAAUGCAGAUUUUAAUGUUGGUCUUGGAGUGAUGACUCUCAGUGACCGGACGAAUCUGACAUGCUGUCACCGAGAACAGGCUACGUGCUUAUUCUAUGCUGAUUCAAGAAAACUUGGUUAUCAGAAUUCCUCUGACAAUUGCUGUAUUCUUACUGUCAGUGGAGAGCAGCUUUUACAGGGAAAAGAUCGAGAGGAGUUCCGAACAACUAUUAUCGUCCACUGUAAACUCAACAAUGACAACAAAACAAGCCAAAAUGACACCAUUACAGUGUGGAGGAUAUCUCAUUCUGGUAAAUACACUCUUAUAUAUCUGGUUAUCAUGGGGACACUGAUUCUGCUCUCUUUGCUCAUCUCCAUCAUCAUAUGUGUUAUCUAUGUGACCAAAAAACAAGGGUAUAAACAAAAGUUACAACCAGCGAGAACCCAGGUAAUGGACAAUGACAACCAAGAUGCAAAUUCGAGUACUGUUGAAGUUGAGGAAGAAAAAACAGAGGUCGUAGAGAAUGAGCUAUUAUAUGCCACGGUGAAUUAUUCAGGUGCUGGUGAAAACUCUGCUCCUGCAGUGAAGUAUGAAUCAGGAACUGAAUACGCCACAGUGGUCAUGCGCUAAACAACCUGUAACAACAAUAGAUGUUUUCCCUCCUCAGGGAUUUAAGCCACCAAGGAUGAAAUAAAAAUGAUAUGUGCUGUUUUGAGCAAAUGUCUUAUGGUUCUCAUGACUUGAUUUUAUAUAAUAAACUCACCCAAAAUAAUCUGUUCAACUGAUAAUACAAAUCAGAAAGUGGUUGAAUUUGUAGUGGAGUUGACAUUAGGUUUGCUAUAACGGCACUCUUUUGAUAGCUACACCUCUUGAUGACAGGUAUAGUUAACUUGAAACCCUUUUUUUGUUGGUUUUGUUUUAGAUUAAACUACAGAUUAAAUCCCCACAAAAUCAAUCUGUGUGUUUUAGAAUAGGUUAGCACAGGAUACUUAAUUUGUUUGCUAAAUAAAUUAGUUUUCAGAUACAUCAUAGCAAAUGCAGUAUCGGGGAAAAAUUAUCUGUUUUCUCGGUUUAUAAAAGCCGAUAUAAUGAAAUGUCCCCAUGUCCUAUCGUUCGACUGACUGACUGACUGACUGACUGUAGAAUGGAAAUCUGUUGUGCUGUAUAGAGUCCACUAGAUGACGACAUCUGCCGUCGGCAAACCAAAAUUGGUCUUCACUCACAAAAUGCAAAGUAUUAAACGUUUCUCUGUCAUUGAGCUUGCUGAAGAAAAUCAGUUUGUAGUGGAGAGCAGACUGGCUGCGUUAUGUGAGUAGGCUACACUUAAAACUAAAGUAUAAUUACGUUGUCCAGUAGGCCUGUUAUUGAUUUGUGAAAGAGUCAAAAUUAAAUAAGUUAUAUUUCUACCACUUUCUUUGUACAAUACCACACAAUAAAUUAUUUUCCGAGUAUGAUACUGUUGUGUAGACAUUGUAACGAAUGUCUAAUUGUUGAAUUUUACAUACCUGGGCAACACCAGACAGGAUGUUAAAGAGCUUCUAAAACUUUGAGCUAACGUUAAUUUCUGUGAGAUGGCUAAUGGCCUAGUCAGUUUUUUUUAUACACUAAGAAGUUGUACACAUAUAUAAUACCAACCUUGUAUGGGAUGUUAAAAGUCACAUCAGUCGCCUCGAAAUUAAUAUUUACUUAACAUGCAAGUUAGCGGGUCGCCUCAUGGGGGUAGCCAUAUUAGCUAAUUCUCGAUUUACCCACAACACCUGUUGUUUGACACUUUUUUGGAAUAAAUAGAAUUAUGGUUGACUCCAAAUAGGAUAUCUCUACAGUGGAAUUGGUAAUUGAAAAGUUUUGCUGUAAUUGGAAAUGGCAUACUCACUGUUAGGUGUCUGUAUAAGUCAAAUUACAACUUCUAUAUUAGCCAGCACAACAAACCCUUUAGAUAUUACCUGAAGAAAACUGUCUGCUAGUAUUCCCAUUCAUCAUGAAAUCUGCCAACUUUGCUAAUGCACAGUUUUUCUUUCCAUGUGAAUUAUCACUCUGAAAUAGCAGAAAAAUCUAGACUGAUGGGUCCAAUUCUCUUUUUAAAGCACUGCAAAAAAUAAAAACUAAAUAACUGGGAAAUAUCUAUUAUCAUACUAUGUAUUUAUGCUUUCUAUGUUGAUUUACAUGUUAUUGCAAACCCAUGACAUCUUAAAGCAUCCA